AUGGCAAGAGGGAAAGUUGCUAAAAAGGUGAAGAAGAAAGACAAGGCGUGGAGCAAUGGCCGGAGGAAGUUCAAAGCGCAGGAUCCGGUCUACCGUGGCAUGAAGAUCGACGAGCAGAUGGCACAUAAGGCGAAGAAAGAGCGGUGUCGAGCGCCCAGAGGAGACAAGGAUGCCAUGGACAUCCCGCCCUUGUUUGGAUCGAUGUUCGGCGGGGGCAAGGACAUGCUUGGCAGCGAAAAGGCCAAGACGAGGAAGGAGGAGGUAGAACCGGAGAAGAGGAAGAAGUCGAAGCGGAAAGGGCAGCAGACAGAGGAUGGCCUCCCUGCUGUGCCGCUGCCGCCGCCGGUGCCGGGCUUGCCGAAGGGGAUUCCAAAGGCUCCGGCCAAGACGGCGAAGGAGUUGGCCUUGCCCAAUCAGAAGCCACUGGAGACGGCUGGCGAGUAUGCCAAGCGCCUGGAGCGAGAGGUCCAGAAGAAGCUUCAGGUGGUUCAGAAGAAAGCCAGCACCGAUCACCAGCGGCAGCGCCAGAAGGAGCGCGUUAAGGCCGCCAAAGAGAAGCGCCGCGGCAAGGCCGCCGGCGCCGCCGCCGACGAGCCGCCUCCACCGGCGCCGCAAGUGCCGCGCUUCGGGGAGGUGGUGCAGCGUCCGCCCAGCUUCGGGAAGGAGACGUUGAAAUCUUUUGCGAAGCUGCAGCCGACUAAGACCAAACCCAUCUCUGGAAGUUUGUCCGACUAUGCCAACAAGGUGCGUGAUGCAUAUGAGGAGGUGAAGAAGAAGCGUCGAGCCCAAGCGGCCAGCGCGGCCGCUGGCGCCAAACGAACGGCGGGCUCCAAGAAGUGA